AUGUCCGCUGGUACUGAUUCUCCCGAUUCCGACUCAGUCAGCCUCCAGCAAUCAACUAUUCCAGAGCCUAAGGCGCAAAGAGAUCCAAGCGCUAGCCCAUCUUCCUCUCCGCUCCCGGAAGCUCCACAGCGGGUCCCAUCAUCCACAGAAGCUAUGGCCGACUCCGCGAAUCCUACAACCACAACGGGCGAUACCAAACAUGAUGCCGAACCGGCUGUUGAGAACAAUGCGGUAAAGGCCGACACGAAACCACCAGUCUCCGUCCCCGAAAAUACUGCUAAGAAGUCUUGCAAGAAGCACCCUGGGAAAGAGUCAGAGCCCAAUUCUAGAAAUCGCGAAUCCAAAAAAAAGUCCCGGAAAGCAGGCAAGAACUCGUCGAUAGUCACACCUAGUGAUGAUAGCUCUUCGGAGGUAAACUCAUCUUCUGAGAGCACAAGCUCCAGUGAAUCCGCCUCAGAGAAUGAUCAAUCGUCAUCAGGGCCUUCUGAGUUGGAGUUCGACCGAUACUCGCGACGGAGGCGCACGAAGACUAAGACAAAUAGGUUGAAGCGCAAUAAGAAGAAGCUCAAGUCACGCUAUGACGAUGCGUCAGACACAGGAUCUGACAUCGAGAAUACUGAGCAGGAUGAUUCCUUCGACGAGAAACAGCUGAGAAAGCUUGUCAAGAAACUGAAAGUGAAGAAGGCCAGAAUACAUGAUCACAUCGAGGAUUCUUCCGAGGACCAGCAGUUUGAUGAUGGUGAUGCAGACUUGGUUGAGAUGUCUCUCACUUUGGCCAAAGAAAAACUGAAAUUGAAACAGGCCGAUGGGAAGCGUGUUAAGCUGCGCGGGAGGCGAGGUCUAAUCGACAAUUUAGGAGAGCCUCAAAAGGGUCUGCAGAGGAGAUCAAAGAAGAAAGCUGGCUCGAAAAUGGCUUUCAAGAGAGUUGAUCAACUAUGGGACAACACAAUCCAUAAGUUUAAACUCACUGAAACUAUGGAUGACCCCGAUGCGAACGAGUGGGAUCAGUACCUUUUCACCGUACGUCGCAAAUUUGACUGGGAGGGCAAAUAUGUCGAAACGGUCGUUGACCUCAAGAGUAAGCACCUCCGAGAGGCUUUGGGCAAAGUCAUGGACGGAGUGAAGGGCGUCAGUUUGGUACAGGAGACCGCAGUUGUUGAUCCAAACAUGCUCUUUCUAUAUCUCGAGGAAACACGCCAAUACAUGAAGGAACUUAAGCAACAAGCUAAAACAGAAAAAAAGAAAAAGGCAAGAAAACUUGCGGGGCAGAAGGCACACCACUUGAAAAUUCUAAUCAAGUACCUCGACAUGGACUAUGCCGAGACGAAGAAGACGUUGUAUCCGCUACUGGAGGCGAAUACCAUAACCUUUGAUCUCUUGUGGGCACUGUUCAAACCAAAUACAAUUGCCUAUGCGCCCACAUAUGGUAAUCAAGACGAGCCUCGUGCCUUCAAGAUAGAAUACGCCACUAAAGAGUCAUCUUUCAUGAAGGGCCAGUGGUACAGUAUUGAAGGACGGUACCUGGAAUAUGAUGGCAAGACAUUUGGCAUGGGAACAAUGGCAGCCGAAGUGGAAUCUUUCAAAGGAGCCCGCAAGAUCACCAGCCUAGGAUGCUACCCGCUUAAAUACCAUCGUGAAGCGGAUGAAGUCCGAACCAAGCUAAUCGAACGGGGUAAGAAGUUUGUUGCCUUAAGAGGCAUGAAUUACCGAUUUCACAAGGGCAUGGCGUUCUUCAAAAAGAAGCGCACUGUCAUCAAGGUCAAUAUCAAUGGACGAGUGAUGAUUGACCCGGCAAUCCACCGUCGCAUCAACCCUAACUACCCUAUCAGCACCGUCCGUCCCAAAGACCCGGACUUGCUAGAUGAUUCCGAUGAUGAAAGUGAGGGUGGAUGCUGCUGUGUGUCAGGAUCUGAAUCUGACCAAUCCCAUGGAGAACGUCGUGAUUCGGACUCGCCCAAGAUGAAGUUCAAGGUGGUUCGAAACAAGGAUGGCCGCCCCCAAGUUGUCGCAGUGGAAGUUGACGAGAAUGGGAACGAGAUUCAAAAAGAGGACAUGGACGAGGUCGGCGAUGCCUCUGAGCGAGAUUUCACCGAGGAAGAAUUGCUCAUCGCCAGCCCGGUCGUUCUGGGAUUCGCGUUUAGCGAGAAGCUCUGGCUCGAAUUCAGCAUCUCCGGAGUCAGUGAUAUCGAAUGGAAUGAGGAUGCAUUCGACUCGCUGGUUCUACCAGGCAACCAGAAGACCAUUGUCAAAGCUCUAGUAGAGUCUCAUACUUUCUGCGCCGCACAGAACAUCGACGAUGUGAUUCAAGGGAAGGGCAGAGGACUCGUGGCUGUGCUACACGGACCUCCGGGUACUGGUAAGACACUGACAGCCGAGGGUAUAGCAGAGCUUCUGAAGCGCCCCUUAUACAUGGUGAGCGCCGGUGAGCUCGGAACAGACUCGCGCACAUUAGAGGCGGAGCUGAACAAAAUCUUGGACAUUGCCCACUCUUGGGGUGCCGUGCUACUUCUAGACGAAGCCGAUAUCUUCUUAGAGAAGAGAACAAUUCAGGAUAUUCACCGCAACGCCCUCGUCAGCAUCUUCCUUCGUCUGCUUGAGUACUUCCAGGGAAUUCUGUUCUUGACCACUAACCGCGUGGAGACCUUUGACGACGCUUUCCAGUCCCGAAUCCACGUUGCCUUGCGCUACGGUGACCUCACUACCAAAGCUAAGCGAAGUGUAUGGAAGAUGUUCCUCGAAAAAGUCCAAGCGAUGGAGGGUGUACAGACGUCGAACUUCACAGACAAGGACUACGACACACUUGCGCGGCAUAAUCUCAAUGGACGACAGAUCAAAAACUCCGUGCGGACAGCGCAAGCCCUUGCCGUCAAUGAAAAAGCACCUCUAUCCAUGGAACAUAUCAAACGUGUUCUGGACGUGGCGGAAACUUUCGACCACGAUCUACGCGGAGGCACGGGUUAUAUGGAUGCCAUGCGAAGCUACACUUAG